AUGUCGAAAAAACAUCUUCACAACCAAGCCGCUAUACCGUUAGCGCCGGCGGUGUUUAAGUUAUCUUGUUCUAAACUGCGCGCGACCUUUGAAUGUAAAGCCGUACACUGCCGCGGCGAUCGACGGCGUUUAACUCGCCGCUCGCCAGACGAAAUUAUACACUGGAAAUUUCCACUGGCGCCCUCGACACCCCCCCUCCGCCCUCCCCACCUCGCACCGCCUGCGUCACACACACACACACACACACACGCACGCAUACACACAAGCUCCCCCCCUCCCCGCUUGCCCGUCGACACGGAUUACACGCUAAAGGAUUCAACGAAACAAGCGCCCGCGCCCGACGCCGCGUUAGCAUAUUACAUACAUUUCAUGGAGCUAUACUGUAUAAAGCAUUACCUCAUCUUACAAGUGUAG